AUGAAUUUGGAGGAGUACUUCAAAAGAAUUGGUUUCCAUGGCUCAUAUGAAAACCCGGAUCUUGCAACACUGAAGCUGAUCCAUAAACAACACAUCUUGUCUAUUCCGUUUGAAAACCUCAGCAUUCACUGUGGUGAGAAGAUCAUCAUGGACCUUGAAGUCAUUUUCAAUAAGAUAGUGAGGAGCAGUCGUGGGGGUUGGUGCCUUGAGAACAACUUCCUGUUCAGCUGGGUGCUGAGAGAAAUGGGCUACAACACUACGACCUUGGGCUCCAGAGUUUUCAACAGUACCCUCAAUGACUUUGGUCCUCUUGAUACUCAUCUCGUCAACAAGGUUAUCAUUGAUGGAAAGGCUUACAUUACAGAUGUAAGCUUUGGGGUGUCUUUCCAAGUGUGGGAGCCCCUGGAGCUCAUCUCUGGAAAGGACCAACCUCAGGCAGCGGGGGUCUUUCGUCUCAUAGAUAAGGGGGGCGUCUGGGUGCUGGAGAAGACUGGUAGAAAGCCAGAGGUCAUCAAUCCAAAGUUUGCUGAAUCAAGUCUGGUAAACAGGAAGGAAACAAAGCAGAUCUACUGCUUCACCUUGGUGCCUCGGGAACCAGAUCAUUUCUUUGAGAUAAACCACACACUUCAGACAGAUCCUAAUUCACUGUUCACCAAUAAGUCCAUCUGCUCUUUGCAAACACCCACAGGGUUCAGAGUCCUGAUUGGCUGGACCUACAGUGAGGUCACCUACAAACCUGAGGAAGGUGUUGAUGUCUUAGACAUGAGAGACAUACCAGAUGAUGAGAUAGAACAAAUUCUGAGGGAAAAGUUCAGUGUAAAGUUGCACAAGAAGCUAAACCCUGUCAGCAACAAAGCAUGCUACACCCUCUGAAAAAAUGUGUCUUUAUAUUAGAACUGAUCAAAGUAAAAAUAUGUUAAAAAUAAUAAUGUUAGUCAUCAACAUUUUUGACAAAAAAAUAAUGUAUAUUUAAAUCAGGUAUCCCAGAAUGCCAGGUUACACUUUGCCAAAAAAGUGCUGUAAAAAAACAAAUUUUGCUGACUAAACUACUAUUAAUAAACAGGAGUAUUGAAGAGAUGAAAGUGUGAAGAAAGUCACGAUAAUGGUAGGAAUGUUAAUACUUCACUAUAUUGAGUUACCCAGCAAAGCAUUUUAGUUUUGAAUAGACUUGAGUAAGACUUUUAUAUUGAUCAUCCAAUGAAACAAAAAAGGUUGCUGUCCUACCAGAGCGAGUGAGUGGUGGGAGAAACAUACUAGGUCGUUUUACUCUUCAGUACGUUACCAAAGAUUGGAGACUUCUCAUUAGUGUUGUGUCCUGUAUCCUCUGUCCACAAAGGUCUGAUUAAUGUGGUGCAGUAUAAAGUUUGGCUGACUGAUGGAGCCCACAGGAUGUAUCAGAGAACUGGACUGUGUAAGAAUGAAGUAUCUCAAGUUCAUUGAAGGAGCAGACAUGUCUUUGUCAUUGAGAGUAUUAGCAGCCAAGGAAAAGCUAUUUUCAGUCUAAGAAAAUCUAUAUAAAAAGAACAAUGUUGUUAUUAUUAUGGUACAUACUGUUCGUUUAUGUCACUGCAAUCUACUAAGCUUCAAGUGAUAUGUUAUCAAGUCAUAUAUGAAUGCCAACCUGCAUGUCCUUGACUUAAUCUCAUCUGUAUUCUGUGUACUCACUCACAUAUUAUCAUCAUUGUGCUUAAAUAUUAUGUUCAUAAACUUUUACAUCCUUUUCCUCUGAAACAUGGCUGAGCCUGUGGUUUUGUAAGAGGGCUGGAGGUGGAAACUGAGCUUCAUGAGAAGAGAGUAAAAAAUUUAAAGGGCCAGUGACAUAGUUUAUUUUGUAUUAUGAAGUUUAUCAUUGUCUGUUUGAUACAUGUUUGUGAAUUGGGCAUUUAGUCAAUUUGUUGUUAGCGUCUACCUCUCCCUGGCUAAAGCUCAUAUCCUCUUCUUAGCUUUUCAUAUCACGGAAAAACAAGUGUUGGAGUAAUCUCAGUUGAGUUUUAUGACUACAUUUGAAGACCUUGGGUGGACAACUGCUAGGGCAGUCCUAUUAAAAUUAUUUA